AUGGUCAACGGUAUAGCCCCACGAGAAGCUGUCGAGCGGCUCAAGCGGUUCAAAGAGGAAUUCGAAGUUCGGUCGAGGAAACAAGAAAUCUAUUAUCUCGGAGAGGACCUCUUUGGUCUGCCUCAUCAACAGUACCCCAAGCUUGAGAAGACCAAGCAAGAGCUUGGAUACUUAGCCCAGUUGUAUGACUUGUACGUGCUUGUUUUGGAGACCAUCAAGGAGUGGAAGGACUAUCUCUGGACGGAAGUGCCGCAGCAUAUCGAAGACAUGAGGUCUCAGAUUGAAGUAUUCAGCAACCGUUGCAAGAAGAUGCCGAAACAGCUGCGAGAGUGGCCGGCGUACCAUGAGCUGAAGAAGGAGAUCGAGGACUUCUCGGAGGCUCUGCCGCUGUUGGUCGAGCUGGCCAAACCGUCUAUUAUGCCGAGGCAUUGGCAGCAAGUACAGGAGCUCACUGGCAAGGAGCUGCCGGUCGAUUCUGAGAUGUUCAUGUUGCAAAGCUUGAUCGACGCCAAUCUGCAGGAGCACAUCGAUGAGGUUACGGACAUCUGUGACUCAGCAGACAAGCAACUGAUCAUCGAGAAGCGUCUAGCAGACAUCACGAAGCAAUGGAGUGAAGAGGCGUUCCUGUUUGGCUCGUGGAAGUCUCGGGAUUACGACUGUGUCCUGUCCGGUGGACGAGUAGCCGAGAUCCAGGAGAUGCUGGAGGAAGCCCUGAUGCAGCUGAAUACUAUGAACGCUAUGCGCCACUCUCUGCCGUUCAAGGAGCCUCUUCAGAAUAUGAUCACAAGCUUGAGUGAGGCCGGCGACAUUAUAGAGCGGUGGGUGAAGGUGCAGAUGCUGUGGACUAGUCUGGAGUCGGUCUUCACUGGUGGUGAUAUCGCCAAGCAAAUGCCGAUGGAAGCGAAGAAGUUCAUCAGAUCGAUAAGGAUUGGAUCCAGAUCAUGUCUAAGUCGGCUGAGACACGCCUUGGUCGUGCCAUGCUGUCAGAAUGACCUCCUUCAGCAGCUGCUACCAGUGUUGGGCCAGGCUUGGAGAGCUGCCAGAAGAGUCUAG